GACGCUUGCGUUUUUCUUUUGUUUUGCUCGCUUUCGCUUGCUUGCGGCGAGCUCACAUGCGGAUGACAGUUCCUUUCCUUCGCGGAUUCCGACCGUGCGUGAUUUUGUUUGCAGAUGCGUUGUGAAAGCGCAAUGAGACUGAUUCAGUUGAAUGCUUUCAAUACGCUUAAGCAGAAAAUAUCUGCAGGUUACAGCGAAAAAUGGCUCCGCCGGAUGCUGUCCACAGUGGGCUCAAACCUACUGGAAACGAGAGAACUCACGUCCAGCAUGAAGCUGGAAAUAGAGCGAAAGUGGCGCAACAAUCUGGGCGAUUAUCGGUUUGACCCGACCAGCGAUAAACCGAAGCGCUAUGUGCUGGCAAUGUUCCCGUAUCCGUCCGGCAACUUGCACAUGGGCCACGUUAGAGUUUAUACCAUUAGCGAUGCGAUGGCUCGGUUUUAUCGGCUAAAUGGGGCCAAUGUGCUGCAUCCGAUGGGUUGGGAUGCCUUUGGGCUGCCGGCGGAGAAUGCCGCCAUGCAGCGAAAGAUUCCGGCGGACAAGUGGACCAAGCAGAACAUAGAGCAGAUGAGGGAGCAGCUGGAAAUGUUGCAGUUCAGUUUCGAUUGGGAACGCGAAUUCGCGACGUGCGAUCCGGAGUACUACCGGUGGACCCAGAAGUUGUUCCUGAUGUUGUACGAGGAUGGAUUGGCAUACCAGAAGGAGGCCCAGGUCAAUUGGGAUCCCGUAGAUGAGACGGUGCUGGCCGAUGAGCAGGUGGAUGACAAUGGAUGCUCGUGGAGAUCCGGUGCUAAGGUGGAGAAAAAGGUUUUGAGACAGUGGUUCGUUAAAACCACGAGAUUUGCGAAAGCUUUGUACGAUGGAUUGGCGGAUCCAACGUUGGAGGAUUGGAAAGACAUUAUAAAACUACAGAAGCACUGGAUUGGCGACUGCGAUGGAUACAACUUUGAACUAAAAGUUAAGGGACAGAAAACAAGUAUUCCCAUUUGGACGAAACAUCCGGAACACUUGAAGGAAGCUCUUUUUGUGGCUAUACAUCCUUCGAAUCUGUUAAAUUCGAACAAAGUGAAUGAAGGUAAACUCGAUAUUGUAAUUGAGAAUCCCAUACUGGGAGUUAAUCUUCCUGUUAUUGUCACGGAGAAAGUCAACUACCCAGAGGGCAAUGAUUGCUACAUUGGAGUCGUAUCAGUUGAAGAGGAUCGUCAAUUAGCAACCCAUUAUCAGAUACCGUUAAAUAGUCAAUCGAAAGUCGAAUCAGAAGAUCUUCGCAAAAACAUUUUAGCUCAGGCAUCACAACUAAACCUUGGAGGCUAUCCCGUGAGUUCAAAGCUACGAGAUUGGCUAAUAUCUAGGCAAAGAUUUUGGGGAACACCCAUUCCCAUUAUCCAUUGCCAAUCCUGCGGACCAGUGCCGGUUCCCGAUGCUAACCUUCCCGUUAAGCUCCCUCUGGAUUCCGUGGGAAUUCCACUAUCCCAAAACGACACAUGGCUUAAAACUAGCUGCCCAAAAUGCCACUCGCCUGAUGCCACACGAGAAACCGACACCAUGGAUACAUUUGUGGAUAGUUCGUGGUACUUCCUGCGCUUCCUCGAUCCCAAAAACCAAUCCGAGCUGGUGGAUCCCACUCUGUCCCGGCGGUUGAUGCCAGUGGAUUUGUACGUCGGCGGGAAGGAACACGCCGUUCUGCACAUGUACUAUGCCCGGUUCAUGAACCAUUACCUCCACAGCAAGGGUCUGGUUUCGUCCCCGGAACCGUUCAAACGACUGCUGGUACAGGGCAUGGUUAUGGGUCGAUCGUAUCGUCUGAAAGGCAGUGGCAAAUAUCUCCCGGCCGCUGAAGUGGAAGUGAUUGACGAGAAGAAAAAUAAGGCAAUCGAAAAGGCAACCGGAGCACCUGUGGUGGCACUGUGGGAAAAAAUGUCCAAGUCCAAGCUGAACGGGGUGGAUCCGUUGGAGGUUCUGAAGGAACACGGGUGUGACACGUUGCGGAUGAUAUUGUUGGGCGAUGUGGCACCGACCUCGCACCGGAAUUGGUCCGAAGCAACAUUCCCCGGUAUCCUGAACUGGCAAAAGCGCAUUUGGAUGACCAUGCACGACUACCGGUUACUUCGGUCGGCCAUUGAACCGGCACAAACGCCGCCGGAUACGGAGGAAUUCCUUCAGCAGGACCGCAAGCUAUGGGACGCGAGAAACUACUUUUCCGCUGGAGCAACCUUCAACUACAAAUUUUCCCACCAGUUGAGCGUGGGCAUUUCGAAGAUGCAAGGCCUCACGAAUGCCAUCCGACGAUCGGCACCGGAAGUGGUCGCUUUCAGUGCGCAAUAUGAGCGGGCGAUAGCCGCACAAAUUAUCAUGCUGGCACCAAUGGCACCACAUUUUGCGUCUGAACUGUGGGAACAAUUUCGUGCGCUUCCUAAUCGGUUGAAUAGCAGUUCUGAAGAGAUUCAGUGGGAUCUAGGGGUGUUUGAGCAGAACUGGCCCGUGAUAGAUGAGGAAUAUCCAUUGGACUUGACAUUCAAGGUCAAUGGAUUCGAAUGUUGCAUUUUGAAGAUCCCCACCAAGGACCUCAAUCAGUUGACACACCAACAAUCGCUGGAUCUUGCCUUCGGACAGGAUGCGGUGCUGAGCUACAUUGGCCAGCGGAAGGUUCGUCACACAGACUUUGUGCUGUACCCGGGUUGUGAUGCUAUCCUGAGCAUUACCUUGGAACAACUGUCCAAAGAGGACAAAGAGCAGCUGAAGAAUCAAACGGGGGAAGUGAAAGGAAAGUCGUCGAAGAAGGACAAGAAGAAAAAGAAAAAGCAAAAGGAAGUUAUCGAGCAGUGAUGCCGAUUGGGUGUUGAUGAUAGUUUUAACUCUAAGUGAUAUUCCAAAACUUAA